AUGUCAUUUAACGUUGCAGGUUCUUCCACCAGUGUUCCUGUUAUCCCUUCAUCUGAUCUUCUGACGAUCAAGGAAGUGAGAGGAUUUAAUGCCGAAGAACUUAAUGGCUUUUUGAAAAGGAGGUUAAACGGCAUUGAUAAUCACAUAAAUACCUUAACAGAUCAAGAAGUUGAUGGUGAAGCCUUUCUUGACUUAACGCCCGAUAGCCUUAAAGCUUAUGAGAUACCUCUCGAAGCUAUUUCAAAAAUCGUAAACCUGAUAAACAAAAUUCAAAAUG